AUGAUUGAUGAUGAUGAUGAUGAUGAUGAUGAUGAUGAUGAUGAUGAUGAUGAUGAUGAUGAUGAUGAUGAUGAUGAUGAUGAUGAUGAUGAUGAUGAUGAUGAUGAUGAUGAUGAUGAUGAUGAUGAUGAUGAUGAUGAUGAUGAUGAUGAUGAUGAUGAUGAUGAUGAUGAUGAUGAUGAUGAUGAUGAUGAUGAUGAUGAUGAUGAUGAUGAUGAUGAUGAUGAUGAUGAUGAUGAUGAUGAUGAUGAUGAUGAUGAUGAUGAUGAUGAUGAUGAUGAUGAUGAUGAUGAUGAUGAUGAUGAUGAUGAUGAUGAUGAUGAUGAUGAUGAUGAUGAUGAUGAUGAUGAUGAUGAUGAUGAUGAUGAUGAUGAUGAUGAUGAUGAUGAUGAUGAUGAUGAUGAUGAUGAUGAUGAUGAUGAUGAUGAUGAUGAUGAUGAUGAUGAUGAUGGAUGA